GUGUAUCAAACAGUUACAUUUCCACUUGUGUAUAUAAAUAACUUGUCAUAAUUAAGUUGUUAUUGUCAUUGUUAAAUUAUUUAUUGUCUUACUCUUAUUAAAUAUUGUUAUUAUCAUACCGUUAUAUGUUAUUAUCAUAUGUAAAAUAGGUAUGGUCUUUAUUAUAAAGUUAUUGUCAUAUCAAAAAACCUUGUCGCCGGAGACCCGAACUCAAACCUUGAGAAGCUUAGCUGCUGAGAGAAUAGAGAGAAGAACGUACCGCCAAAACUUAAACGAAAAGGGAACUAUAGAAAAAUGAAUAACGGAAAACGGAGUGAAACCUUUUAAUAUGUGUAUAAGAUAUACAUACAUUGUAUUUGCAUGUUGUAUUUUCUACAUUCAUUAAGGAUAAAAUUCCAAUUAUGCCCCCGUGCUGGUCCAGCACGUUGCUGGGCUGAGCCAAGCUCUACCUUUGGUAGUUUUGAAGUAUUUGACCCAAAUUCUUCCCUUUCCCCUUCAAUACCAUUUCUCAAAAUCCUGAAAUUUACAGAGAUGACGAUCUCCCACGAAACUGAGAAACACGAUGAAGAAGGGCAAUGGAAAAAUCUGACCAACGACAUAUUAGCCUUGAUUUUGAAACGCCUCAAUAUGAAAGCAGAUCUCUGCCGAUUCCGCUCAAUCUGCAAAUCAUGGCGAUUUUUCGCUACUCCGAUUCAACCCCACCUCAUGUUCCCUCUCAUUCUUCCUCCUCUUCACCCUAAUGCCCGUCCUUUCUCUCUCUCUCCUGCUCUCAUUUACAUUAUCUCUCCCCAAUUUACCCACCAUAAUCACAACAACAGUGUCUGGCUUACCAAAGUUUCAGAAACAGGGGAAAACAAGUGGGCCCUCCUUAAUCCUUUGACGAAGCAUAAAUUGUAUUAUUAUUCAUCUGGGGUUUUCAGAGGGAGGAUUAAUUUGCUGGGUUUUCGAAAUCUUGAGGUGGGUCGGUCGUAUCGGCUUCAAUUGAUUAGCGAUCAUGGAGAUGAAGAUACCUUCGAUUUUGAGGAAUUUAGCUCUUCGAUUUCUUUGAGAAAGGUUGUUGUUCGAAUUGGGGAGGAAAUUUCUGUAUUGGGUUUAUAUGGGUAUGGUCAAAUUGCGGUUUGGAAUUCUGGGGAUGAAAAUUGGAAGAUUAUUGAAACUGGGAAGAAGGAGAAGAAGAAUGAAUUCGAUGAUGUUAUAUGCUUUGAUGAGAAAUUCUAUGCCGUUGAUCGAACCGGGAGGUUGGUGAUGAUUAAUCCGGCAGCUCGGGAGCUUGUUGAGGUGGUUGGCACGUCAACGGUAGAAUGCAAUGGUCAGUAUACUUAUUUAGUAGAAUCUAAUUUUCGUUUAUAUUUGAUUAAUAAGAUUGUUAAUCCAAUGCCUACUAAUUAUUAUGAUGAUGAAGAAGAAGAGUGGGUUGUGGAUAAAAUUAGUGUAGGAAAGCCUCUUGGCUUUAAUGUUCUUGUGUUGAAUGAGAAGGAAAAGUGUUGGGAAAAAGUGAGGAGCAUAGGAAACAAUGUGUUCUUUGUUAGUCGUGAUGCGACGUUUUCGGUUUGUGCUAAGGAUUUGGGAUGGAGUAAGGGGAAUUGUGUUUAUUUUGAAGGUUUGACAGGUUAUGAUGAUGAAGCUGAUAUGAGUUUUGGGUUGAAUGCUGGUGUAUAUACCUUGGAGGAUGGAGCUAUUUUGACCUUUGAUUCAUCGGUGGGUCGUUGGACUGGGAUUUUCUGGCGGCCUUCGAGGUGGUUUGUGCAACACAUGGAGUACCCUGAAUGUGAAAUGUUGGGUUAAGUCGUAUGUUGGUUAGUGAUACCUUCAGCAUUAUUUUGCCUUCUAUAAAUAAUAAAUGGUAUGCUCUUUUUGUAAUGAACUAUUGAUAACAACGAAUAAUAGCAGUUGAGAUUACAUCUUA